AUGCGGUUGAUAGUGUCGUACUGCGGGCGUGAAAUCGAGGUGAAACAGACGCUAUGGCAGUUCCAAACUUUUGAUCAUUUUCUGGACUGCGUGUCGCUCGCGACCGGAAUCCUCUACGACUCCAUUAUCUGCAUCACCAAGCAGGGUGUCCAGGUCAAUGAGGAUGUGAUGGACGAGCUGCUCCAACAAAAGCUCCAUACUGACUUUGAGUUUUACGUGUACGACCGCGAGCUACUGUACGCGGAUGUCGACGCGAUCGUGCCCCAGCUGGAAAUGGAGCUCGAGCCGCGGAUCAGUGUGCCGCCGCCGGUGCUGCCGAUGCCGCCUACGCCGCGCUCACUAGAUGUACUGGUUGCGUGGGCGCGCGACGCGCAGCUCGCGAGCGAGGCACGGCAUGCCUCGGCGGUCGAAUUACAUACAUGCAUCGAACGCAUCCACGCAAGUACCUGCGUCGGCCUCGCCAAUCUCCAGUCGCACACGGAUGGGAUCAAGAACGCAGUGAACAAGCUCGAAGAGAUUGCCUCGCGAGAGCUCGCAUCGAUGGAGGACCUGCUCAAACGCCACGAGCUCGACCUCUACGUCUUGUCGCGCAUCGUCAUUCACCCGAAACUCCUUGGCAAGGCGCCCGAGGAAAGCGAGACGCGUCAGCGAACACUCGGCGACUAUGUGAGCGCCACCAAGAUGCGCAUGGUCGCUGAAGUCUGCGGCAAGGAGCUCGAGCAGCUGCAGGAACGCUACGCCGCGACGCUCCAGACCGAGUUUCACCUCUCGGUCGACUUGGCAGACCUCGUGUCCGAGGUCGAGCAGACGCACCUCGGGCCCUCGACCGAGACGCUAACGCAGAUCCAGGGCACGUACCCUCGCCUGCUGGAGGCGGUACACAAGAUCGAGGCACAGUGCCUGCCCGACGACAAUGGAUGGCCGGUCGCCGACAAACUUUCGGCAGACGACGUGGCGCAGUUGAAUACGAUGGCCAAGGGCGUAAGCGACGAUGAGGCAACAAUUGUACAGAGCCUCGAGUGCCUCACCUCGGAUCGCAACGAACUGGUGCACCGCCAUUUGAACUUGGUCCAGGACAUUAGCAGUCUGCAGAGCGACUAUGCGGAGCUCGGCGCAGCGCUCGCCGAGAUCGACGCUGCGUUCAGUUCACCGAAGCUCGAUGGAUUCAAGCACCUGACGCGCCUCAAAAAGAUGCUGUGGGCGUACGGCGCGUCGCUCAUUGAGGGCGUGCGCCGCAGCGAGUUUACACGCCUCUUUAUGGACAAGGCCCAGCGCCUCGCCGAGCUCAUGGCCCAGUUCUCCGAGGCGGAGCUCAUGCGGAGGAAGGAGCAUGCAGUGCACGUCAUGGCACAGCUGCCGUGGGAAGUGGUCAUCGACACGCAUCCCCCGGCGCUCGACAUUUCGACCAAGCGGCGCGAGACGCGGUCGACGCAUACGUUUGACCGCGAGGAUAUCACGAGCUUCUUCCAGCAGCUCGACGCACUGGACGCUGAGAUCAGCGACGCAGACCCAAGCAGGUCUUGGAGUCCAGUGAGCGAGGUGCGCUACGAGCUCCAGCAGCUCGCAGACCGCCUCGACCACGCACAAGACACCUUUACAACCAUUGCGCGUCGCGAGUUGCAGCUCGACGACGACGACGUGACAGAGGACGGCUCGGAAAAGAGCGGUGCCCCCCCAUCGCCCCAUCGGUCGCAGCGCGAUGACGAGGCGCUUCGCCGCCAGCUGGUCUUGGCACACGAGCGCACCCAGCGCCUGGAGGCGGAGCUCGCGCGCCGCACUGCCGAAUGGAGCGACGAGCGCCAGGCGCUGCAGCUCGCGGCCGAUACGGCGCAGUCGCGCCUCGAGGCGAGCGUGCGCAGCGACCUUGCGCAGUCGAUCAACGAUCCCGUCGCGGCGCAGCUCGCGCGCCUGGGCGAGCGCAUGCGGACCUUGCAGGUGAACGGCGAUGCAAAAGACGUCGAGCGGCUGCGCACGGACCUUGCGAAUGCACAGGCGCAGCUGGGCCAGGGAUCGAGUCUAUGGCAAGACGUGCGCCCGUUGGUCGCACGCACCAAAGCGCUCCAUGCCUAUGCGCGCGCGCCCGACGCGCUCAACCUCGCCGACCUCCCCCAGGAGGUGGACGAUGCCGAGAUGAGCGAGGCCGAGACGCUCGCGGCGCUACGCACGCUCGAUGUGCCCCAGUUUUAUACCGAAAUGUACAGCCGUCUGGAAUGGCUCGUCGCCCAUGCGCGCCGCUGGCAAAAGUCGAGCCGGAGCACGCAGGAAAAGUACAAUGUCCUCGCGGCCGCCGCACGCGAGAAGCUGUCUGUCGCCCACUUUGCCCCAGGGUGCCUUGCCCUGUUUCUUCCCACGCGCUUUUCCAAUAACUACUGGGCUGCAUUCAACGUGGGCGAUCCCAACUACUACGUUCGCCCCACCGACAGCCUCGCACAGUACAUGGCCAAACACGAGUGGCUCGUCGCGCGCAUCACCUCGGUCGAGACGUGUGUUGCGCAGCCUGGCAACGAGUGCAUGAGUGCAGGUACGACCUACUAUCUGCUCGACAUUGAAGGUUACGAAGACCCUGCGGUGCUCCUGCGCUCCCCCGGCCCGGUGCGCCGCGUCUCGGACCCUUUUCACGGCGCCGCACGGACGUCGCGCAGCAGCAGCCUGAGCGGCAGCGCUGCGCCAUGGCAGCCACGCGCCGACGCGCCUCAGCUUGCGCUCACCGUCGAUGGCAGCGCACAAAAACUCGCGACGCCCCGGGUGCCGAGCACUGCGACCCAGGCCCUGACGCGUAUCCAGCGUGCCAGCAGCAGCGCAACGCCCUGA